GUUGGUUGAAAUUUAGAAAGAAGGAACUUCCGGCUGAACUGUCAUGUUACGCAGUCUAGUUAGAUACACCAAGAGCGCACUGGAUAAGCUUCCCAACAAAGUUGACUUCGAAUUGAAGCCCCUAGGAAGGUUGAACAAGCAGGUUACUAGCAAGAGGGUACCGCACGUUACACAAUCCGUGGGAUCGAUGUUUGGCGGAAACCACAGCUUGAAAUGGACUUCACAGCCACGGAAUGUGCUGAUAGUUAAAAAGUCAGAUAGCGAAUGCUCUACGAGAGCGAUGGAAGAAGUUAUAGCACACCUACGGACAAACUACUGUGAUACGAACAUUAUAGUCGAAAAUGGGGUAAAAGAGGAGCUCAAAGCUUCCAGAGAGCUUUAUACAACAACGGAGACAGAUGAAUUCACACUCUCUUCGAAAGUUGAUUUCGCUAUCACUUUGGGCGGUGAUGGUACAGCUUUACACACAGCAUCACUCUUCCCAACUGGUCCAGUACCACCUGUUUUGUCGUUUAGUACGGGUACGCUUGGUUUCUUACUACCUUUUCAUAUCAACUCCUAUAAAAGCGCGAUUGAUGAUGUGUUGAAUUCUAAUGUAUCAGUUAUCAAGCGUAUGAGACUGAUGUGUACACUCCACGACGCAUCUGGUGGUCUGAUUGACGACCUAGAUGUUACGCAUGUUCUCAAUGAAGUUGCCCUCCACCGCGGUAGAUACCCACACCUCGUACAGAUCGAGAUAUAUGUAGAUGGUAUGCCACUUACUGAGACAGUUGCAGACGGUCUGAUUGUCUCAACGCCAACUGGUUCGUCUGCCUACUCCUUAUCAGCUGGUGGUCCACUCGUACACCCUUGCGUCCAAUCUAUCGUACUCACACCUAUAUGCCCACGUAGUCUGAGUUUCAGGCCUGUUAUUCUGCCAUCUGACUCGACUGUACAGUUGAGGAUGUCAACAAAGGCGAGAAGCAAACCAGAUGUCUCAUUAGAUGGGCGUGAAGUGAUGCAACUUGACAGCGACAACUAUAUUCAGAUUUCUAUGUCUCCAUUUCCUUUACCAUCCAUUAAUAGAGCAGCAAUAUACGACCCCGAAAGUCGACAAGGCACACCGCGUCUGCCAUCUGAGAAACAGCUAGCGCAGAGCGCAUUGGAUAGAUUAGGUAGAGCGCAAGAUGAUUGGGUUAGAGAUAUAAACGACCUUCUCAACUUCAACAGCCGCUUUGAAUCGAAAGGCCAGGAGAUCUACCACGGCGGACAAGACGACUAAAGGUGACAAUACAUCCAUCUGCAGUCAAUCUCUUAUUCAUUGCAAUAUAAAAUAUCAUCGUUGUUGUACUAAUAAUCAUAAAUUAAUCUAUAUUCACUCCCCAAUACUGAAUUGGGAACUAGGUCCACCUGGCAAAUCCCUCAAUACGAAGGUGGCAGCGUCACUACGAAGAAUAGCAACAUCAAGCAAUUCAAUUAUAUGUUUCAGCUCUUCCAAUCUGUCUUUAUCAGAUUUUGCAAGCAAAGACGAGUCUUCACGGACAUCUUUCCUGUCAGCUCUUGCUAGCACGUCUGCUCUGAUCUUCCUCUCCCGUUGCUUUCUUUCGAUGAGAUUUGCGAUUGUCUUGUAAAGCUUGGCUGAUAAUCCUAAGUAUGCCUUGGGGAGGUCAACAUACCAGAGGUAGAAAGUACGAUGAACGGCUCUAUCUGCUGAUUUUGGCACUUCUUGUAACUGAAGUAAGCCACUGGUUUGUAAUUUACCAAUAGUUUCUCUCGUUUCUUUCAUAGAAAGGAGACCGAUUGUUGAUAUGUGUUUCUCUUCUAGUUUGCCCUUUUCAAGAACAAUGUUGAUAAUUCGGGCUGCUUCGUCUCCGAAUUGCUCUUUAACCAGACUAUCGACGAGGGAUCUCUUUAUGCGGGCGCAUACUGUUUCAUAACAGACGUGGUAUUCCUUGCUACUGCCCGCUUUCUGGAGGAACCUCGUGGAUGCACCAGCGGGACCUGGAAAAUCCUGUGACGAGAGUAUUUGACAGUAUUCUGCUACUAACUUCUGUACAUUAUUCUCUUUAUUGCUCAAGACUAUGCCCUUUUUUAAUGUGUUUUCUUGCGGUAUGUAUUUUGCAACUUGGUGAAUUGCAACCAAUUCAGAGAUUGUGUCAUGGACGUGAUUUUGGGUGUCUUUUCUUGUCUCCUCAGUUGCACGAAGGAAGGCUUCCAUGAUAAACCCUGAUUGUUCGUU